AUGAAGACAAUAGCAGUAAUAGGGGCCGGGGCCAGUGGUCUCCCCGCCAUCAAAUGUUGUCUGGACGAAGGACUCGAACCGACCUGUUUUGAACGGACAGACGACAUAGGUGGACUCUGGAACUACACGGACCAAGUCCGUCCUGACCAGGCAUGCGUGAUGAAGUCGACGGUGAUCAACACGAGUAAGGAGAUGAUGUGCUACAGUGAUUUCCCCAUCCCGGAGGAGUACCCAAUCUACAUGCACAACACCUACGUCCAGAAGUACUUCCAGUUGUAUGCGGAAAGGUUUGACCUGGAAAAAUACAUUAAGUUCAAUAACGAGGUUAUGCAUUUAGGAAAACACGAAGAGUACGAAACUACAGGACAAUGGACGCUCCAGGUCCGUGACCAGAAGUCGAAUGAAGUCACUUCCUAUGUUUUUGACGCCGUUAUGGUUGCCACAGGACAUCACGCCCAAAAGAAGAUGCCAGAUUUCCCCGGAAUGGAUACAUUCAAAGGGAGCAUAACACACACACAUGACUUUAAAUCAUUGGAAGAUUACAAGGACAAGAGAGUUGUAGCUGUAGGAGUGGGCAACUCGGGUGGUGACGUAGCCGUGGAGGUGUCAAGGAUUACCGCCAAACUUUUCCUAAGUACGCGGCGGGGUACAUGGGUAUACAACCGCAUUGCCAAGUCGGGAAUACCCGUGGACAUGCUGCUGACUCGCCAAGUUAAUUGGAUUAAAACACUUCUCCCGGAGUCUUUAAUCAGUCAUUUAGUAGAGAGACAAUUAAAUGCUAGGUUUGAUCAUGCAAAAUACUCGCUGAUGCCAAAGCAUAAAGUUACUGCCCAACAUCCAACCAUCAACGAUGACUUACCAAACAAGAUCGCUAACGGUUCUGUCAUCAUCAAACCCAACAUCAAAUGCUUCUCGGAAACCGAGGUAGAGUUUGAUAACGGGACGAAGGAGGAAGUUGAUGCGGUCAUUCUCGGGACGGGUUAUAUAUUUGGUUUUCCAUUCAUCGAUAAGUCUAUAUUUAACGUGAAGGAUAAUCAGGUUGACCUGUAUAAGUAUAUUUUCCCUCCUGACCUUGAGAAGCCGACCUUGAGCGUGAUAGGAUGUUUCCAGCCGCUUGGUUCCGUGAUGCCUUUGUCUGAGAUGCAGGCCCGACUUGCCACUCGCGUGUUCAAGGGGGACGUCCAGCUGCCGGCCACAGCAGACCAAUGGACAGACAUCCGCAAGAAAAGGAUAGCCGUCCGACACCGUUAUGUGGAGUCAACACGCCAUACGAUACAAGUAGACUAUCUCCCCUACAUGGACGAACUAGCUGAACUGAAUGGUUGUUGCCCAAAUUUAGCCAAAAUGUUGCUGCAUGACCCUCUGCUUGCCAUGAAGUGUGUCUUUGGACCCUGUACACCGUAUCAGUUCCGACUGGAGGGGCCAGGUAAAUGGGGAGGAGCCCGACAAGCCAUACUGACACAGUGGGACCGGACGUGGCACCCAAUGAAAACCAGACCACUCGACAUAAAACAGGACGGACCUCAUGGCUUGUAUUUUAAACUAGCAGUGGCUCUGGUGAUUCUGUAUAUACUGAGUGUAUUGUAUCCUCUUCUGACCAUGACCUGACCAUCAGUUUGUAGGCCUAUGUCACUGGUAUCAGUCUGUGUUACCCAAGCGGUCAUAUUCAGAGCCUAAGAUUUAAUUUUCUUAAAGGCUCAAACUGAUAUAUUUACAUUCUGUGUUGCAUUUGUCUAUAUGUCGUUAGUAAACCAAAUUGUAUUCAUGAGACUGUAUAUUACAAUUUACAGUGAUUCGGUCAGUGUAGGAAUACAGCUCCAAGUGUUGUAGGUUAAACAAUGGCCGCCAGUUACUUUCGGCCUAGAGAGCUUUGGAAUGCUAGCACUUAUUUACAGAAGCCACAACGAAAAAUAAAGCAACAUCACAAGUUA